AUGGCGGCCGAGAUCAAGGAUCCCGCCGCGGCCGCUCAGCCCAUGCACGACCGCAAGCUAUCCCACUCCAACUCCUUCUCGACGGCGACCGAAUCACCGCUGCCGUCGCCGGCUUGGUCGCCGGCCCCACCAUCGUCGUGCGAGAGAAUCCCCGUCUCCGAGCUAGACAGGCAGUCGUCCUUGUCCUCCACCUCCUCCUACGAGAGCUUCUACCAGAUCGAGGCCCCCGCCGAGCCGGCCGUGGCGGAUCAAGAGUUCGUGCCGACGACCCUUCCGCCGGCAGUCCAGACAAUGAUGGCGCAGGGGCAGCCCGCCGUUGCCGGGUACGACCCGAAGAGGCUCCCGUCGUCGAUGUUCCGUACGCAGUCGACAUGCCCGGCAGAAUGGAGCGCCACCUCCGACCAGUCGCUGUUCAGCAUCCAGCUCGAAAACUCCGGCGAGCUCGGUGGUCCGCUCUAUGGCGUCGGCGACCUCUACUACGACGCCGCCGGCGUGUUCCACCGCCUCUCCUCCGCCACGAGGCUCCCGGUCGUCCCAGAGGUGUCGUCGUCGACGUCGCCGGGAAGCUCCAGCGGGGGUUUGUGCGUGAAGGAUGACUGCGGGAAGUGCGGCAGUACCAUGAGCACGAAGUCCGUCAGGUUCGCCGCCUCAACGGACAGCGACUGCAGGCGCACGCCCGCCACGCUGGAGGAGGGGGAGGCGCCGGCGACGGAACCUGGCGCGGCGGCGGAUGGCUGGUGCUGCUGGCCGUCGUUGUGGUGGCCAAGCUGCGCCUGCCGCGCCUGCGACUGCCGCUGCGGCGACUGCCGAUGGUCCUGA